UAUUAAGAAAAUAAUAAAUAAAUAAAAAUGCCACUUGUGCUAACUUCAUUUUAGAAAAAAAAAAAAAAAAGAAGAGUAGAAAUAAACAGGCGAGAGAAAGCAGCUUCACUUGAGCGUGGAAAGCGACUGUUUCUCCAUCGUGAGAAAGAGAGAGCAUCUCUGAAGAGCCGUCUCUUCUUCUCCUUCUUCUUCUUCACGCGCCGUCUCUGAAACCCCGAUCCUCGUUAUCCAUUUGAUUUCUCCAAAGAAAAAACAAAAAUGGAUUUGGAUUCAGACAAGAAUCUACUGAAAACAGGUUUGGUUACAAUAGCGACACUCGUCAUAGCCAAACUAAUCUACUCCUUCUUCACAUCCUCCUCCAAGAAGAAGCGUCUCCCUCCCACUCUCAAAGCAUGGCCUCCCCUCAUCGGAAGCCUCCUCCGUUUCCUCAAAGGCCCCAUCGUCAUGCUCAGAGACGAGUACCCCAAGCUAGGAAGCGUCUUCACAGUCAACCUCCUCCACAAAAAGAUGACAUUUCUCAUCGGCCCCGAAGUCUCCGCCCACUUCUUCAAAGCUCCAGAGUCUGAUCUCAGCCAGCAGGAAGUCUACCAGUUCAAUGUCCCUACCUUUGGCCCUGGUGUUGUCUUCGAUGUCGACUACACCGUUCGUCAGGAGCAGUUCAGGUUCUUCACUGAGGCUCUAAGGGUUAACAAGUUGAAAGGAUAUGUGGAGAUGAUGGUUACUGAAGCUGAGGAGUUUUUCUCGAAAUGGGGAGAGAGUGGUGAAGUUGAUUUGAAGACUGAGCUAGAGCGUCUCAUCAUCUUAACUGCAAGUAGAUGUUUACUAGGUCGUGAAGUUCGUGACCAGCUUUUCGAUGACGUGUCCGCUUUGUUCCACGACCUUGACAACGGCAUGCUUCCCAUCAGCGUUCUCUUCCCUUACCUCCCAAUUCCAGCUCACCGUCGCCGCGACCGUGCACGUGAAAAGCUCUCUGAGAUUUUCACAAAGAUCAUAGGGUCGAGAAAACGCUCCGGCAAAUGCGAGAACGACAUGUUGCAGUGCUUCAUCGAGUCCAAGUACAAGGACGGGAGGCAGACGACGGAGUCCGAGGUCACCGGUCUGCUCAUCGCUGCUCUCUUUGCGGGACAGCACACGAGCUCCAUCACUUCCACGUGGACCGGCGCGUAUCUGAUGAAGUACAAAGAGUACUUCUCAGCUGCCUUGGAUGAGCAGAGGAAGCUGAUGGAGAAACACGGAGACAAGAUCGAUCACGACAUAUUGUCCGAGAUGGAUGUGCUCUACCGUUGCAUCAAGGAAGCGCUGAGGCUUCACCCUCCGUUGAUCAUGCUCAUGAGAGCCUCCCACAGUGACUUCAGCGUGACGGCACGUGAUGGAAAGACCUACGACAUCCCAAAGGGUCAUAUCGUUGCAACCUCGCCUGCGUUUGCCAACCGCUUGCCGCAUAUCUUUAAGGACCCGGACAGCUAUGAUCCGGAUAGGUUCUCCCCGGGAAGAGAAGAGGACAAAGCCGCGGGAGCGUUUUCGUACAUCUCGUUUGGUGGAGGUAGGCACGGGUGUCUUGGUGAGCCCUUUGCUUACCUGCAGAUCAAAGCCAUAUGGAGUCAUCUGUUGAGGAACUUUGAGCUUGAGUUGGUUUCACCGUUCCCUGAGAUCGACUGGAACGCUAUGGUGGUUGGCGUUAAAGGCAGUGUGAUGGUGCGUUACAAGCGUCGCCAACUGUCUUAAAAAGACAGGGUUUAAGGUUGUAUUGCAACUUUGCUUUUGUCCCUCUCUGGUUUUAGUAUUGCUGUUGGUUUGUUCGUCUGCUUCUUUACUUGUUUUUUUGCUCUUUAAUUGACUCUUGAUUUCUAGCUUUCUAAGUUUGCUGUUUCUGAGAAUGUUCUAUUUCCAAUGGAGAUUUGAUGCAAAACUUGUUUAGUUUAUGCUAGUUAUGAGAGAUGAGCCUA